AUGCUCCUUCUGUGUUGUUUCCUGUUGUUACAUGUGGUAGUUGUGCUAUUCCUCUGUCUCUGUCUGUCUCUGUCUCUGUCUCUGUCUCUGUCUCUGUCUCUGGCUCUGUCUCUGUCUCUGUCUCCGUCUCUGGCUCUGGCUCUGGCUCUGUCUGGCUCUGGCUCUGGCUCUGUCUGGCUCUGUCUGGCUCUGGCUCUGGCUCUGGCUCUGUCUGGCUCUGUCUGGCUCUGGCUCUGGCUCUGUCUGGCUCUGUCUGGCUCUGUUUCUGUCUGGCUCUGUCUGGCUCUGUCUCUGUCUCUGUCUCUGGCUCUGUCUCUGUCUCUGGCUCCGUCUCUGGCUCUCUGGCUCUCCCUGUGGUAUUUUUCUCUGUUUAUGCCCUGCGAACCAAUUCAUUUUCCUCUCUCCCUCGCUUAUCCGAUUUCCACACAUUUUGAGUUUUGA